AGUAGGGUACGUUCAGUUUCGCCGAAAUAUACGCAGUAUCCGCGGGACCUCAAUGUGUGAUAGGUUAAAAAUUUGACAUGUGUACAAGAAAAAGUGUCUUGUAUAUAGAAGAAAUGCUGAUAUUCGAGUAUUAUUCGCGCGAAUACUGAGCUACCGCUCGAGUGCGCGUUACGUGUUACCGCCGCGAGUAUAGAAUCGGUCGACGGUGGAUCGUAUCAGUUCACAGUGCAGAAGCACGUGGUGUUAAGUGUUUCGUGGUUUAUCUUAUCAAGUAGCGAGGUAUCAUCGGGAUAAUUGUUCUGAACGAGGGAAGAUUCAAAGAAGUACAAUCUUAACGAUCGAUUAUCGUAACGAAUUGUCAUUAAUCCGCAUCAAAGCAAUUCCUGUUAGAGUACCGGAGGUACAGUAUCAUUUGGAAAUAAAAGUGACCGGAUAGCGAUCCACCAUGAUCGUGGAGGAGAAACAGGAAAUGGAAGGCUUCUGGAUUAGCAGCGCGAUCACCGCGAUCAAGGCGAUUUCCUAUGUGUACGACCUGCUAACGUUUCCGGUGUACCUCGUGCUGCAGCGACCCUGGGAGAAGAGGAAGGCCUCGCGUAGGAUCAAGGCUCGACCUGUCGCGAAGGAUGAGAACAGGGUCACGUACAGGAGCGUUGAUCCGCCGGGGCCGAUGCACGUUAUGCUCGAGCGUGAAAAUAUCGACACGCUCGAGAAGAUGUUGUCCUGGGUCGCUAAGAUGCAUAGCGACAAGAAAUGUCUUGGUACGAGAGAGAUACUCGCCGAGGAGGACGAGGUUCAGGCUAAUGGUAGAAUAUUUAAGAAGUAUAAAAUGGGACAGUACAAAUGGAAAACGUAUACCGACGUGGACAGGUAUACUACGGCCUUUAGUCGUGGUUUAAGGGAAUUCGGUCUCACGGGGCGAAAGAACAUCGUGAUCUUCGCGGAGACCAGGGCGGAAUGGAUGAUCGCGGCCUAUGGAUGCUUUAAACAGAACUUAAUCGUGGUUACCAUCUACGCGACCUUGGGCGACGAGGCUAUCGCUCACGGCAUCAACGAUACCGAAGUCGAUACCGUGAUCACUAGCCACGACUUGUUGCCAAAGUUUAAACGGCUUCUUGGAAUGGCACAGAACGUAAAAACCAUCAUUUACAUGGAGGACCAGCUGAAACCGACUGACACUACCGGUUACAAGGAUGGCGUGAAGCUUAUACCGUUCUCCGAGGUGAUCAAGAAGGGCAACUCUUCCACGGCGCCAUUGGAACCGCCACAAAGCAACGACACGGCGAUUAUAAUGUACACGUCUGGCUCGACUGGAGUGCCGAAAGGCGUAAUUCUGUCUCACUUGAACAUUAUCUCCACGUUAAAGGCAUUCUGUGACGCCGUAGAAAUUAGGGCGGACGAUGUAUUCCUUGGUUUUCUACCUCUGGCUCAUGUAUUCGAACUCCUCGCUGAGAGCGUGUGCCUUCUGACUGGUGUACCUAUCGGCUAUAGUUCGCCUCUCACUAUGAUCGAUUCGAGUAGCAAGAUUCAGAGGGGAUCCAAAGGCGAUGCGUCUGUUUUGCAUCCAACGUGUUUAACUGCUGUACCACUUAUUUUGGACCGUAUUUCGAAAGGUAUAAACGAGAAAGUAAAGAAAUCGGGAUCUUUUGGGCAAGCGAUAUUCAAUUUUGCCUACAAUUACAAAUUGAAAUGGUCCAAACGUGGCUACAACACACCUAUCUUCGAUAAGUAUAUCUUUGGAGCUGCAAGACAAGUUCUUGGUGGCCGAGUACGGCUUAUACUUUGUGGCGGUGCACCUCUGACCCCAGACACGCACACUCAGGUCAAAAUUUGCUUGUGCGUCACUGUUACUCAAGGAUAUGGACUCACAGAAACAACUUCUUGCGCUACUGUCAUGGAUAAACACGACAGGAGUACGGGGAGAGUAGGAGCACCAACCACAGUUUGUGAUAUUCGUUUGGAAAAUUGGGAAGAGGCUGGUUACAGAGUUACAGAUACUCCAUUCCCUAGGGGAGAAAUUGUAAUUGGCGGUGAAAAUGUUUCAGCUGGUUAUUACAAAUUACCAGACAAGACGAAAGAAGAUUUCUUUGAGGAAGAUGGGAGGCAAUGGUUCAGAACUGGUGAUAUUGGAGAAUGUCAUGCAGAUGGUUCUAUAAAAAUUAUCGAUCGAAAGAAGGAUUUAGUUAAAUUACAACUCGGCGAAUAUGUGUCGUUGGGAAAAGUUGAGGCAGAGUUGAAAACUUGCCCCGUCGUGGAAAAUAUUUGUGUUUACGGAGACCCGCAUAAGGCUUACACUGUGGCGCUAGUCGUGCCUAAUCAAUAUUAUCUGGAAGAAAUUGCCAAAAAGCUUGGAAUCGCUGGAAAGAGUUUAGAGGAGUUGUGUAAUAAUCCACAAGUUGAGAAAGCGGUAUUGCAGGAACUGGUUGAGCAAGCCAAGAAAUGUAACCUCCAAAAAUUUGAAAUACCCGGGGCAGUAAAAUUGUGUGCAGAACAAUGGUCACCAGAUAUGGGAUUAGUAACGGCCGCGUUCAAGCUGAAGAGGAAAGCAGUGCAAGAACGUUACCAAUACGAAAUCAACAGAAUGUACGCCUCGUGAUGCGAGGGGGUUUUGCAGAGGAUGUGCAAUAGGUGAAGUGGCGUUGAAAUUCAAGCUUUCCAAUCCGGCAGAACCUCGCCGCCGAUCGUUGUAUGGGGGGUCUGCAUGACGAGGUCGAACAUUAAUCGAGAAAUUUACAUCAGAUUCGGAAACACGUAUUUUCUCUGUUCUCUUUAAUAUAAGAAAGGUGUCAACUUUUCAGUACCAGAAAGUCCAUUUAUGGCAUCGUCAAGCGUAUAUUAAAAAUUAAUAUAUAAGAAUUUUUUGUCUGCUCGAGGAUAUCUUGUUAGUUAAUUUAAUCUUUUGUUUGAGACGAGAAACGAUUUCGAUCUUCAGUUGCGAAAUGUUGAAAUAGUCACUAUGUGUUGGAUAAGAGGAACGAUGUGCGCGUAUAAGGAGCGUCUUUUAACAUAAUCGUCGUUGUAUGCGAUGCAAGGUAUGAGUGAGAACAAACUAAAAUAGUACAGGAAAUUAUCUCACGGGGAAAAUCGUUACUUUUCUUCCUUCAACAUUUAGUUCAAUCU